GCAAGGAUAGAAUGGUCUGCGUGUGAAAAAAUAUCGAGGUAUGGGAUCCCUGGAAGCAAUGACAAAAGGGAGUGAUGCAAGAUACUUGGGUGAUACUGCUAAACUAAAGAUUGCUCAGGGAGUUGUCGGUUCAGUUGCUGAUAAAGGUUCUAUUCUGAAGUUCAUUCCCUAUACAAUGCAAGCUGUAAAGCAAGGAUUCCAGGAUCUAGGUGCUUCCUCCUUGCAAUCUGCUCAUCAUCUUUUAAAAUCAGGCAAAUUGAGGCUAGAGGUCCGAACAGGAGCCGCACAAGUUGAAGGAGGGGUUCAUGGUCUCGUCGGUUAUGAGAAGAGAUACUUCUGAUUUAACUUUAUUGGAGAGUAAUGUAAGCAGUUACGCUUGAUCCACAAGUUUCUUGUUGUUAAACUUUACAAAACCUUAGCUGUCGUUGGCAGUGUAGUCAAAUUUUGGGAAUGUAUGCUCCAAGUUUCUCGCUCUAUUUAUCAGCAACUAUUACCAUAUA